AUGAGGAAAGUCGCAUCCCCCGGCGGCGUGUCUCACCUGGUAGUAGACGGUGUCGGGCGUGUUGUGGUCGGGCGUCCACUGCACCACGCCGGCCUCGCCCUGGUCGCACUCGAGCGACAGCGUGCGCUGGUAGGCGCCGAACGAGGCAAACUCGUCGGCCGGCGGCUGCGUCUGGUCGGGCGUCCAGUUGCACAGGCGGCCCGUGCCGGUCGGGUACGCCUCUCCGCGCCGGUUCACGCGCACGCCGGCGAACACGCGCACUUGCUGCGAACACACACGCGCGCACGCACGCUCGGACUUGCUCCGCCGCAACGCGCCCGCUCGCUCGCUGCGUGCGACGAUCCUUUGUAUACUUCAGUCUUCAUAUCCGAUCUCAAGAGCGAGCAGUUACUAGAGGAGAUGGUGGUGAUGAAACCUGUUGCCAGUAUGGAUGUGAAGAAAUGCAAGAAAAUACUACAUCAUGAAGCUUCAUCGCACAUGAGACAUCAUCGAAGCAAAGUUCAUCGUAACGACCUCGGGUUUCAAUGUAGGACCUUAAUUAUAGUAUAUUGUGCUACAUAA